AUGUCUUCCGCGCCGAGCACGAGCGAUCUGCGAAGGAGGUUAAGGCUUCUUUCGAUCCAUCUAGUGAGAUGGCAUCCUAGGGAGGCUUUUCGAGGGGAAAGAGGGCGUCCCGGGAUGAUCUUAAGGAUGGAUUAGGGUGGCCGCUAAAGAGGAGAGCAAAGUAUCCACCAAUGAACCCAGAGAGGACGUUGGUUUUCCUCGACGAUCACGUGAGUCCUCUCCUCCGCCUCGCUGCUCUUCGUGCACGUGGGUUCCGCAGAUUCAUUCUAGACGACAACUACCCAUCUGGAUCUGGUUGGUCAUGGGGUGAAAGCUUGCUCAGCUUGCGCAACAUCCUAGAGGCGAACAAUACCGAGUCCAGUAGUUCGCCGGAAAAGCGUUGGCUCCACGACAGCCUGAUAGAGUAUUCGGUUUUUCCACCUCUCUUUCACCUGCCGUCAUUACUGCAUAACACUUCCGAAACGACAGCAUUGAAGUUCGGUUUUCAACGUCAUUUCUCCACAAAAUUUGGCGGAUGCUUUCCGCCACCUGGGGUUAGACCACUCAGGCCUGCGCCAGCGCUACUCGAUGCUGUUAAGGACUCGCAUUUUUAUAUAAUAGGUACUACCAGGGAGGGCGUGGGAGGCCCCCCCCUGUAGCUGGAGCGGUAGUGGCGUCGGCGCGCCCUUUUUUCCGCGGUGGUGACGUGUAAGGGUUUUCGGGGGCGAAGGCCUCAAAAUGCGGGCCUGAGUCCCCUGGCGGCUCUCCGCGUCUAAUGCACAGGCGCCCCGACGGGGGGUUGAGGACCAAAGGCGAGGAGGAGUGGGGGCAAGGCGUGCCCGCCCUGGUUCUGUCGGAUACAUGCAGCAAGGCGAAAGGGGUCAAGCCAUGCCACCUGCUGCCCUCGGAGGCCAUCCACCUCCAAAGAAGCUCCCCCAGCCAGUGAGGAGCACGCAACACGGCAAGGGGGUCAAGCCUUGCCACCUCUGCCGCCUUCGGAGGCCUUCCACUCCCGGCCGGCGGUGCUUGAACGGCCUCUGGGGUUUGGCUCUUGUCGGGUACACGCAAGGAGCCGCGAACGCGCGAAGGGGGGCGUUUGGAGGCCUUCUCGCCUGGCAGUCCCUCGAGGAAAAGGGCCCGGGGCUGGAGGCCUUGCCCCUCUGUAUGACGACAAAGUCUAUCAUCUCUGUCCGAGUGAAUGAGAAAAGUACCCUGCUCGCCCAUAACGAGAACGAGAACCGAAAAGGUUAAGAGUAAGAAGGUGGAGAGACUUGAGAAAUAGGAGCGUGCCCAAAUUAUAUGGCGCGACUCCAAUCAGUGAACUCCUACAAUGAUACCACUGAAGUCAUAGACUGACCAACCUAAACGUGUGCAGGGCCGGCCUUUGAGUCAAGUGAUAGAGUAACCACAUAGCUACAACCUUCCCGGGGUAAUUUGCGAAGUAUUUAGUGUUCUCCUUAUACCGCAGAGAUGACGAGACUCCUUCACCCUCAAAGACUUAGAUCGGGAGGGCCUUCACUUCAGCCCUGAGCCCUGGCAAUGCUCACCACCUACAAAAGCGUGCAGAUGCUGCUUCUCUGACCCUCACAUCAUUCUCUAUCCACUCUUCUUGAGGAGUCGAAACUCAAGAAAGGACUACAGCCACAAGGUCGAUUUGAAAGCAGCUGCAGGUAGUAGGAAUCAUAGGGACCACUACCAUCUCCACCUCCACCUCCACGUCGACCCUCCUCUAAUUCUCACCGCGAGGGAGACAUGGCCAUUCUCUCGCUGUUGCAUCAGGAGAUGGAUUUGGAUUUUGCCAAAGUUCAGACUGAUCCAGACGCUUAUAAGGAGCUUUUCUCCUAUUGUUGGAUCACUUAUUUGGAACUGAAGUAAUCAAAUGGAGCAAUCAACAUAUCCUUAAUCCUAUUGUUGGGUCACUUAUUUGGUUCAGGACUGUGAAUCAAUCUGAUAAAUUUCUAGGUCUUCUCGUUCUCGAUCAAAUAAGGGCUUGAGAAUGACGCCAAGUCUGUAGGCAAGUCUCAAACAAGCCCAAUAGAGUAAAUGGGGAAUAUCUGCAACUCUUCAACGUCGAUAUCUAUUCGCAAUUGUGCAACCACCAAUAACGAAAAGCAAUUUAUGCUUCUUUUGUUCAACUCUUUUUUUACUUACGUUUUUUGCCAGCAAGACAGAAUAUUCAAGAAGCAGUCUGCUGUCGUGGAACAAGAUCGCAG